AUGGAGAAUCUCCCAAAGGAGGAGCUGCAAGACUCAACCAUGAAAGUUUCAUCUCUUAACUGCAUUGAUCUCGCUAACAAUGAUCUUAAUCACUUAGUUAUUUCCCUCAAACAGGCAUGUUUGGAUUGUGGAUUUUUCUAUGUGAUCAAUCAUGGAAUAAACGAGGAGUUUAUGGAGGACGUUUUCGAGCAGAGCAAGAAGUUUUUCGCUCUUCCUAUGGAGGAGAAGAUGAAAGUUUUGAGAAACCAAAAGCAUCGAGGCUAUACACCUGUUCUUGAUGAGAUCCUAGAUCCUGACAAUCAAGUCAAUGGGGACCACAAAGAGGGUUAUUACAUGGGAAUCGAAGUUCCAAAAGAUGAUCCUCAUUGGGAUAAACCAUUCUAUAGUCCUAAUCCUUGGCCUAGUGCUGAUAUUUUACCCGGUUGGCGAGAAACCAUGGAGAAAUAUCAGCAAGAAGCAUUGAGGGUUUCUAAGGAUAUUGCAAGACUAUUGGCGCUAGCACUCGAAUUGGAUGUGAAUUAUUUUGAUAAACCUGAGAUGCUUGGAAAGCCUAUUACAACUAUGCGGUUGCUACACUACCAAGGAAUUUCUAUUCCUUCUAAAGGAAUAUACGCAUGUGGAGCACAUUCUGAUUACGGAAUGAUGACUCUAUUAGCCACUGAUGGUGUUAUGGGACUCCAGAUAUGCAAAGAUAAGGACGCGAAGCCUCAGAAAUGGGAAUAUGUACCACCAAUUAAAGGAGCAUUUAUUGUGAAUCUUGGCGAUAUGUUGGAACGUUGGAGCAAUGGCUUUUUCAAAUCCACGUUACAUCGCGUUCUUGGGAACGGUCAGGAAAGAUAUUCUAUUCCAUUCUUCGUGGAACCGAAUCACGAUUGUCUUGUGGAGUGUCUCCCAACCUGCAUGUCGGAAGGCAACAUUCCCAAAUACCCAGCGAUCAAAUGUUCGACAUACCUCACCCAACGUUACAAGGAAACACAUGUGGAGUUGAGCAUCUACAAUCAACAAACAUGAUUGGUCUUUUCGAUCAACAUACAUGGAGGGAAACUACAAAAGUGAAAUUUAUAGUAGUAGUCUUUGGAUGUAAGCUCAAAGCGAAGUCCUAAAACAUGUUAUAGCAUAAGUUUAAGUUUUAUGGGAACACCUUAAUUCCUACAUUUAUUUGCAGGAGUGCAGGACUAUACCUGCUUAAGUCUUGUUUCAAAUUAUUCAUCCGUAUGAAUUUGAGAAGAUUUUAUAGUCUUAUGACUACAAAGUAACAUUCAGAUUCUAUACGAGCUUGG